AUGCCUUCAGAGGAAGAUAAAUUUCUUUCAUUUAGAAAUCAACAUUUCCAACAUCCAAUUCCAUAUAUCAUAUAUGCUGACUUUGAGGCUAUCGUCAAAAAAGUGCAUACGUCGGAACCGAGUCAUGCUACUACCUCAUACACACAACCCAUUAUGAAGCAUGAAGCUUGCGGGUACGCUUACAUCAUAAUAGGUCCCGAUGGCAAAAGUUUAAAACCUGCUCACGUGUAUCGAGGAUCAGAUGCCGUAGAUAAUUUUCUGCAAAAUAUCAUCCGUGAAAAAGAUGAACUUGCGGAAACAUUAACUCACAUCGUUCCAUUAAUUAUGACACCCCAACAAGAGCAGGACUUUUUAACGGCUACGAUUUGCAAUCUGUGUAAGAAGCCUCUUUAUAAGGAUCGCGUUCGCGAUCACGAUCACUUGACGGGACAUUACAGAGGAGCAUUACACAGUUUAUGCAAUCUGAAAUAUCGCUUGCAGAAAAAGAUACCGGUGGUCUUCCAUAAUUUGAAGCAUUAUGACGCUCACCAUAUAAUGCAGGGACUGGGAAAGAUCGAAGACCAUCAAAUUGAAGUCAUCGCUACGAAUAUGGAAAAAUAUAUCACUUUUGCCCUUAGCAAGAAACACAAUAAGAUCAAAGUUUCUUUACAAUUCAUCGACAGUUUCCAGUUUUUGAAUACAUCUCUUGAAAAACUGGUACAAAAUCUGCCUGCAGAAAAAUUCAACAUUUUAAAGGAAAAUGUAAGAGAAGGGGAUCUUUCUCUUCUCUUGAAAAAGGGCAUUUACCCUUACGAUUACAUCCAGUCCUUUGAGAUGUUUGAAGAGACGGCGUUACCACCUCCUGCCGCCUUUCACAAUAGUUUAACGGACGAGGAGAUUUCAGCGUCAGAUUACGAACAUGCACAGGCAGUAUGGAACAGCUUCAACAUCCGUACAAUGGGGGAAUAUCACGACUUGUACGUGAAAUCAGACGUUUUACAACUGGCAGACGUAUUCGAAAAUUUUAGGAAAUUGUGUUUGCAAUUUUAUGAAAUCGAUUGUGCUCAUGUAAUGACAUCACCCGGUCUGUCCUGGCAAGCAUGUUUAAAAAUGAUUGAGCAGCCUCUAGAACUUUUAACCGAUGUAGAUAUGCAUCUCUUCAUUGAACAGGGGAUACGAGGGGGAAUUUCAGUGAUUACAAAGCGGUGGGCGCAGGCAAAUAAUCAUUAUAUGCCAAAUUACGAUUCAACAAACCCAGAGAGCUAUAUCAUGUAUCUAGAUGCAAAUAACCUGUAUGGAUGGGCGAUGUCGCAAGCAUUACCCUAUGGCGAAUUUGAAUGGAUUUCUGCGGAAGCUGUAACCCCUGAAUGGAUUCUUUCCAUUAGUGAAAAUUCAACAGAAGGUUAUAUUUUAGAAGUUGAUUUGGAGUAUCCUCCUGAACUACAUGACGCUCAUAAUGAUUAUCCUCUCGCACCUGAAAAGUUAAAAAUUAAUUUAGAAGAUCUUUCUCCUUUUCUCUCAGAACAUCCUCCCCUAUCAAAAUUUCAAUAG